AUGGAUCUCCCUCUUGGUAUUCCUAUAACCUCUAAGGAAUGUGUUGUGUGUAAGCUGCGGAAGUCUUUAUAUGGAUUGAAGCAGUCUCCAAGAGCGGCGUGGUUUGGGAGAUUUGUGGCAUCUAUGAAGAAAUUUUGGUAUGUGCAGAGUAACUCAGACUAUACUUUGUUUCUAAAGCGUCGUAAAGAUGAUAAGGCAGAAAUGCAAAAUCUUCAGAAGUAUCUGGCUUCCGAGUUUGAGAUGAAGUCAUUGGGUGAUUUGAAGUACUUUCUUAGGAUUGAAGUUGCCAAAUCUAAACAUGUCACUGAUAGAUAUUCUACGUCUGGGUAUUUCGCAUUUGUUGGUGGCAAUCUUGUUACUUGGAGGAGUAAAAAGCAAAAAGUGGUGUCUAAGUCUAGUGUCGAGGCCGAGUACCGUGGGAUGGCUCAAGGUGUGUGUGAAUUACUAUGGUUGAGAAGAUUGUUGAGAGAUCUUGGGUUUGGACCUCGGAAACCCAUGGAUUUGUAUUGUGAUAAUAAACCUGCAAUUGCAAUUGCGCAUAACCCUAUGUAA